UGAAGGUGCACUUCACAGAGCAGCUCUCCAGCCUGCAGAGCAAGCAGCAGCGGGACACCGAGCUGCUGGAGGACAUCAGGUCCUAUAGCAAGCAGAGGUCUGCGAUCGAGAGGGAGUAUGGGCAGGGCUCUUCUUUUAAAUAUCAGAGCCUGGUUUAUGUUCCUUGAAGCAUCCUCUGCUGUUUCCCUUAAAAAGAUGCUGCAGCAGAGCUCUGCUGAUGCAGAGUUUCGCAGGUUGGUGACAUGCUGCAGGGAGUCCUCCAUACACCCUGCUCCCCUUCCUAUGUCGCGCUCCCUCCUUGUUCAGUAGGCAGCAACUGCUUGUCCCCCACCUUCGGUACUCGGUGCUGUGAUGUUAGUAACUGGCCGUGCUUUUGCUACAAAGGUAAUGAUUAAUAACAGUUUAAUACCCCAGGAGAGAACUAAAUGCUGAAUUGCAAGCAGAAGGAAUAAAGGGCUCAGAGAGAUGGCAGAUCCCAAGCGCUGGCAGAGCAAGGUAUCGUAGGGAAGACGAGAGCUUCGGUCACGGGUGGUGAGCCACAGUGUAGGGCCAGGCCAGGUUUGUCAGGAGCCAUUGAGUGAGGUACUGGGCACCAGGGUGCAAUGCUGAGGCCAAGCUGUGAGCUGUCGGUGCAGGGCUGGAGCAGAAGAGCUGGGCAAAGGAUGCCCAGAUAUGUUUAGAAAAGGGGGCAGAGGCUUGGGGACCACUGCAAGACCUGUGUGUGCCCCGAAAUGGGCUGCAAAUACCCCAGCAGGGGCCCAGCAUCCCUCUCUGCCCUUCCUUCCCUCUCCCUGUAGGACAGCAGUCUGGUCCCGGCUGCCCAGCAGUGUGCCACCUCGCUCCUGCCUCUGCCUUACUCCGUUCUGCCUCCCGCGCGCAUGGCAUCCAUCCCUCUGCAGCGUCGAUCCACUGCCCUGCUCCAGCCUAACCUCUUCUCUCUCCUGGUGGCUGCUGGGCACUGGCAGGUGGCUCUGGGGAGCCCACAGCCCAGAGGGUGCAACUAACUCCCUGCUCAGCCCCGCGAGCGUCGUUGCUGUAUGGAAGGACGUCAUUGACAGUACCAUGUACGCUGGGCAGGCGCGUGUCACUGCCUCAGAGAGCUAUCGCACCAUCGCCCUGGAGGCCUCCAAGACUGCCCGCAUGUCCAAGGAGCGGAUGCUCAAGAAGGGCAUCGAGCAGAUGCAGAAGGUGCAGGCAGAGUUGCUGGAGACGGUGAAGGAGCUGGGCAAGGCGAAGAAGCGAUUUAUGCACCUCCAGCAGAGCAACGAGGUGGCCAAGGACAAAGCCGCGGAUGUGGAGGCCCGGCUCCGGAAGAGUGACCGGGGGAUAUUUCACACGAAGGCCAGCCUGCAAAAACUCAGUGCCAAGUUCUCUGCACAGCUGGCUGAGUACUCAAAGCAGCUCACAGGGGUGCACAAUGAGUACGUCCUCACACUGGUGUCUGCCAAUGCCCACCUGGACCAUUACUACUGCGUGGAGUUGCCUGCUGUCAUGCAGGCCCUGGAUGGUGACCUUUAUGAGCGACUCCGGGACCACUUGACCUUGACCAGCCAGACAGAGAUAGAGAUCUGCCAGGCCACAAAGGAGUGGUUCCAGCGCGUUUUGGAGUCAUCCACACGGAUAUGCCGGGAGCAGAACCUCCUUCUCUUCCUCCAGGACCACACUGCCUUCACGCUGACACCAGAGCAGCGAUUCCAGCUCACUGGCGUGGACCAGAUGUGUCUCCUGGAGCCGGAGAGCAGCAGUGCCAGUGAGAGCAGCCUGGAGAAGGAGGUGCGGCGCUGGGCCACGCGGGCAGCCAAGGACUACAAAAUCAAGACGCACAGCGAGCAGGUCCUGCAGAGGCUGGAGGCCAGGAGGCAGCAGGCCGUGGAGGCAGAGGUGGCCACCAUGGAGCGACGAAUGGAGGAAGUGAGAGAGAACAUCUGGAAGGCGGAGGUCAGCAAGGUGAAGGCAGAUGCCCGACUGGCGCUGCUUCGCACAACCGGGCUGGAUGUGGACACCUGGCUGGCAGGGGCCAUGGCGCAGGCGCUGGAGGAGCUGGAGCGCGAGCGGAGCCUGAGCGCAGCCCAGCAGGCCGAGAAGGAGUCGGCACCUGCGACAGAAGAGUUUGACCUGGCAGAGUUUGACGACUACGAUGACAGCGUUGAGCUGUUCGAAGAUGUUGACCCUGGCCCUGCUGGCCGCGCGUAUCCUUACACUUGCCGGGUGAUUUUCGGAUACCAGGGCUGCCAGGCAGACGAGCUGUCCAUUGCCCAGGGAGAGGAGCUGGAGAUCAUCGAGGAUGGCGAUGCUGAGGAGUGGGUGAAGGCCCGGAACAAGGCAGGCCAGGUUGGCUACGUCCCCGAGAAGUACCUGCUGUCCCUGGGCUAUGUGGACAGUGAAGCGGGCUCCACGGCUGGGGGCAAUGCUGCGGGGCCCUUGGAGACAGCCCUGCACCGGCAGCUCUCCAGCAUCAUGGCUGCAGAGCUGGUCCUGGAGCCCGGAGCCUGGCUGGUGCGAGCCCUCUACGACUACGAGGGGCAGAGCCCCGAGGAGCUGAGCUUCCCCGAGGGCGCCAUCAUCCGCGUGCUGCCCCGGGCAGAGGGCGAGGUGGAUGAUGGCUUCUGGACAGGAGACUUCAAUGGCCGCAUUGGCGUCUUCCCCUCCCUCGUGGUGGAGGAGCUCACUGGGGCUGGGGGCUCUGCUGGGCAGGAGCUGCCGUCACCCUCCCCUCCGCCAUUCUCCCCUCCCGGCCUCGCGCCCGGGGCCAGCCUGGCCUCCAGCCCCGCUCCAGAAGUGCUGCUGGGAGUUUGCAGGCAGGACGGCCCGGCCAGCGGCCAGAGCUCUCCAGACCUGUCAGCCAGCCGCCUCCGUCCGCUCCGAGCGCCUCCCCCACCGCCUGGCAGAGCCCCUGAAGCUGACCCUGAGCUGCACUUUAGCUGACCCUGGGAGUCCCUGUGCUCUGCCUGCACCCGCUGGGUCCUCAGGCCUGCAGUCUGCGAAAGCUUCACCCCAGCAAACUGCAUCACCCACUCAGGAUGCUCUCCCUGCUCCUCGUCCCACACGGCAGGGGCUGGCACAGAGGGCAGCACUAGGACGUGCUCUCCUGUGUAAGCAGUGACCUGCCCGGAGCCCCACUGCUCCCCCAAGCUGGUCUCUCUGGGGGGGGGGGCAUAUCCUGCUGUUGCUCCCAUGGUACUCAGUAUAGCUUACAGAGCAGUCUUGUCUCUGUGCAGAACACCGGGCAGCCCUGCUCCUGCCUGGAAGCACCUUUACCCAGAGCAAGGCAAGGAGCUCAGUGCUGCAGCCGUGCCCUGUCUUGCCCUGUGCUGACGGUUCUCACCUCUGCCCCUUCUCCGUGCCCCCAGCUGGCAUCCUUGUCCGUCCCUCCCUCCUUGCUGAUGGUGCAGCCUCUCCCCAUGCCCUGGUCCCUCGGGGGAGUGCAAGGGCUGGGGGGGGGGGGG